UGUUUUCAGUAUUAUGUUACCUCUAUUUUCCUUUAUUUAAAUGUUUACACGUGUUAUUCGUUAACAUAACAUUCUCAAGAGUUCGUAGAAAAGGUAUGAAGCUAAAAUCCUAACACAUAUAAGCCCAUUUCUAACUGAAACAAGUGCAGAAUAGACUGUGGCAGCGGCAGGACUUUCCUUUUUUUAUUUUAAUCCCUCACUCUUUAACCGUUGGUGCCGAGUAUCUUUCUGUAUAAACGAAACAACUUCAGAACGAAAAGGUAUAACAUGGAGAAGACACUAAUUAACUUCUUAUUACUGUCUUUUGCAAUGUGCCCAAUCUAUGCAACACCUUCUACUCCUAUAGAAGGAAUUAAUUCAACGUAUGGAACACUUGAAUCGUUUUAUAAAUUUAUGUCUGAUCUACAGAAUUUCGAUCGUCAAUGGAGAGAAAUCCACGAAAAAAAUGAUAAACCGUCAUUUCAAUUUUAUUGGGAUAAAUGUACAUCUUCUAAUAUAAUUCAAAUAAAAUCUCUGAAUGUUUCUUCAGAUCCGGCCAUUGUUCCUGAUUCUGUAAAACUUAGCUUUAAUGUGGUUGUCAAAACAAAUAUAUCAUCGCCGUUACAAAUUUCUUUAAAUGUUCAUAAAAAAAUAGCAUACUUUUGGAUUAAAAUCCCCUGCAUGGAGAAUGUAGGAAGUUGUUCCUAUUCAGAUGUUUGUGCACUGUUUCCUAGAAAAUGUCCUGCACCCAUUAUCAACGCUAAAUUGCCUUGUAAAUGUCCAAUUUCUCAGGGAGAAUAUGGUCUCGACACUAUUUUUAAAAUACCCAACGUUCCUUUACCGUUUUUUCUUAAAGAUGGCGAUUUUUACAUUGAAGUGAAGGGAAGUUCUAAAGAGAAAGAGUUAUUUUGUUAUGAUUUCCAGUUUUCAAUCCCAUUAACAUUGGAAUGAAUUAAAAGAAAACUGUGUAAUAAAUAUUCAUUAAUUUAAUAAUAAAUGGUAUUUUUAAACCUGUA